AUGGCGUGGGUGAACAUGUCCGACGGCGGGUACGCGUGGAGGGUCGAACACGCGGACAUGCGAAGCGCGGCGGCGGCGUUCGACGAAGCCUCGGGGGCGUCUUCUUUCGUCUUGACGCACGGCUGUGUUUCCGACGCGGCGGCGGCGGGCGGCGGCGGCGGCGCGACGACGCGCGUGGAGUUUCGGUGCGACGGCGGCGUCGCCGCGUGCCGGUGGGCGCGGACGUUGGACGAGCGCAUCAAGCGACGCGAAGCGGAGGCGGUGUAG